AUGCCAAGCGUGGCAGACUCACAGAGAAGAUGCAGCAGCUGUUGGAACAGCAGGAUCAGCUGCGCGGCGAUGGCGCAACGCAACGCGCAGAACUGGACGCUCGUGCCACGGAGCUGCAUCGGCUUCCUCUGGCGCCUUUCUAGGGAAAAGGGACGGGUGCCGGGGGAGUGCAAUCGGCUCUCAAGGGAAUGUAGUGCGUUGAGUGAAGGAAAUGGGACCCUGACGGGAGAGCUCCUCAUGUGGCACAAUGCGAUUCAUGGGAACAUGCCCAAAUCGCGUCCGUCGGAACGUGGGAAUCAAGUAUUUGCAGUGUCCUCCUCCGGCAGACGGAUCCCGCUCAUUUGUUGUUGUUGCUGCUGCUUUCCGGCACUCUACUCUUCCUGCGGGGAGAGGCAUCCGGCCAGUCAAUUUCGUCAGGCAUUUUGA